AUGUCAUCCGAUCACAAAUUGAAAGGCGAAUCGAUGAAUGAACCACUUUUAGAGAAUAAGAAGAAGCAUGAAACUCAACCGAAUCAGUCAAAUAGUACAGCUGAAGAAAUUACAAUAACAACAUCAUUGUAUGAUUCCGACACGCUUAUACCGUUCCUGCUCGCUGGAUUAGGUUCCUUAUCCACUGGACUGCUGAUGAAUCGUGUGCAAAAGGCGCCACUCGUUUGUGACGUUCCACAGUUUAUUGCUAUUUGUACACCACUGCAAGCUAUGAAAGGAAAUUUGGACAUGACAUUCACAUCAAGACUUGGCACCAUGGCUCACCAAGGACGUCUACGGAAGUAUCCAGGUCGUUUGAAAAGAAUACUAAGAAAUAUCGCUGUGAUGCAGCUGAGCAUCGGCAUCGUAUACUAUCCAUUUUCAACGAGUUCAACUGCUGUUCCUGUAGUAGUAAUAGUCGUUUUCUUAAUGAUGGUACCUUUAUGGUUAUACGUAGCCCAUCAAGAUGAAGAGGCAUGGUUAGCUGCUCGUCAACAAGGUGCAUCUUUAUUAUUAGCAUCAAUUUUGAGCAGACCCGUUACAUUUGCACAGGAAGUACUGGAAAUCGCGCAAGUGUGCAUUCGGCAAGAAUCGGCUCGUACCUACACACCUAUAGAGGGUCAAAUCGAUUGCACAUACGUCUUAAUCCAUGGACUUACUAUACAAGUUCAGGUGUUUUUCUUUGUGUAUUUGUCUCAAGUGUUAGUUUACGGGCUGUUUCACUAUGGAAUUGAUCCGGACAUGCACGCCAUACCGUUGCUGACUUCCAUUGGUGAUUUAGUAGGAACAACUCUUCUAUUGGCCCUGUUCUAUAUCAUGAGCUACGGAGAAGGGUUGGUAACUAGAUCGCACGCAUCGUCAAACAAAUUGACAAACGCGACGACCGUUUGUUUAUAUGAAUAA